AUGUCUAGCUCAGUUUCAGUCCAGGACAUAAUGGGUGACCUCAGGCGUAAACCAUACCUGGCGAACAACAGUGUGUCUGGACAAGAACACAGAGUCGAGCCCACAAUGACAUCAGCUUCCGCCAACACACCACCCGUCGCCAUGGCACCGCACAAAGACAUCUCUGGCCGAGCAGAAGGAGGGGGACCAUCACACGCCUAUCACAUUUACCCAUUACGGUGCUCCAAUGUCCUCAGGCUGUCCCUCUUCAUUCAGAAGCUCCUCUCAUGA